GCCAUUAAUCUGUAUUUGCUUUUGUGAUUCACCUGAAAAGCUUCACAAGAGAUUUGUGAAUCUUUUUCCCUUAUUCCCACUACUGGGAAAUGAUUAUAAAAGAAAGGUAUACUGGGAGUCCACGUCCACCUGACUGUUGCAGGCCUAAGAAGAGAUAAAGAGAGUGUUGUUUGUAUAGUAAUUGGAGCUCGUGAUGAGAUAGAAAAGAAAAGAAAAAGAUAAGAGAAAGAGAGAAGAAACAUGAGAUGGAAAAGAGGCUGAAUUUGAGAUAGAGAGAGGUUGUAUCGCGUUGUGUGUCUGGUUUUGUCUUAGUGGGGACAACCUCGUGAAAUCUUUGCCUCGUUGUAUUUGAGUAGUUGGGCAAUUAACAUUUGUCCUUUCCAUGGACUCACCAAUGCCUUUCUUUUCUUUUCUUUACUAUUUUUUGCUCUGCACACAUCCAUCUGGCAUUCUGGCCUCUUCUUCUUUCCUUCGCAAAUAACAAUGAAUAUGGAUUCUUUUCUGUUUCCUAUGUGUAUUUUCUGACUUCUCUUAUCAUCUUUCCUCUUACUUGGUAACAAUGGAUGGCGUUUCUGUUUCAAGCCCGGAAUCAGAUUCUUCUGACUUUGUUGAAGUUGAUCCUACUGGAAGAUAUGGAAGGUACAAUGAAAUUCUUGGAAAAGGAGCUUCAAAGACAGUUUAUAGAGCCUUUGAUGAGUAUGAAGGGAUUGAGGUGGCAUGGAAUCAGGUGAAGCUUUAUGAUUUCUUGCAGAGUCCUGAAGAAAUUGAGAGGCUUUACUGUGAAAUUCACUUGCUUAAGACAUUGAAACACAAGAACAUCAUGAAAUUCUACACUUCUUGGGUUGAUUCAGCUAAUAGGUGCAUUAACUUUGUCACUGAAAUGUUCACCUCUGGUACUCUCAGACAGUAUAGGCUAAAACAUAGGAGAGUUAAUAUUAGAGCUGUGAAGCAUUGGUGUAGACAAAUUUUGUUGGGGCUCCUUUACCUCCAUAGCCGAAACCCGCCUGUAAUUCACAGAGAUCUCAAAUGUGAUAAUAUUUUUGUUAAUGGAAACCAAGGUGAAGUUAAGAUUGGUGAUCUUGGCCUCGCUGCAAUCCUCCGCAAAUCUCAUGCUGCUCAUUGUGUUGGAACACCGGAGUUUAUGGCUCCUGAGGUGUAUGCAGAGGAAUACAAUGAACUAGUUGACAUAUACUCUUUUGGAAUGUGCAUUUUGGAGAUGAUCACUUUUGAAUAUCCAUAUAGCGAAUGCACCCACCCUGCUCAAAUCUACAAGAAAGUUGUUUCUGGCAAAAAACCAGAAGCCUUAUACAAAGUACAGGAUCCUGAGGUGCGACAGUUUAUUGAAAAGUGCUUGGCAAAAGUGACUUCCAGGCUUCCUGCUAGGGAGCUUUUGAGAGACCCUUUUCUCCAAAUCGAUGAAUAUGACUCUGACUUGAGGCCCAUUUUGUAUCAGGGUGGCUAUGAUGAAAUAGGCCCUCUCCUCAGGCAACCUCUGAAUGGAAUUCAUCACAGUGACAGCUCUUUGAACAAUGGAUAUGCUGAUUAUACUGGUUAUGAUCCUGAGAAUGAUUUGGAUUGCCAACCAAUCAAUGAAAUCGAUGACUUGACUUGUCAAGAGGAUGAUCAUUUGUCAGAUGUUGACAUCUCCAUCAAAGGUAAAAGGAGAGAGGAUGAUGGCAUUUUUUUGCGACUUAGAAUUGCAGAUCAAGAGGGUCGCAUUCGAAACAUCUAUUUUCCAUUUGACAUUGAGACUGACACUGCAUUGAGUGUUGCUACCGAAAUGGUAUCUGAGCUGGACAUCACUGACCAAGAUGUGACUAAAAUAGCAGAAAUCAUAGAUGGUGAAAUUGCUACCUUAGUACCAGAGUGGAAGAGGGGACCGGGCAUAGAUGAAAGUCCACUUUGCAGUAGUUUUUGUCACAAUUGUUCAAAUGGUUGCAUGCCAGAAUUUGUUGCAUCAGAUAAUUCUGGAACCAAGAACCUUCAGGUUCUUCAGAGUUCUAAACAUGGAAGUGCUGCCGUCCAUGGACGAUUCGAAGAGAUCACAUACCAAGUUGAUGGGGGGGAACAAUGUGGUAAAGGAGGUGCAGGUGCUUUGUCAAGAGAAUCCGAAGCCAUCCAUUACACAGAUAUCUGGGCUCAGCGAGAAGGACCAGAGUUAAGUAGACAAGGGUCAAGAGACAUCCACUGUGAUAAGGUGGGUGAAACAUUGGACAAAUCAAUCUUCGGGAUGGAAGAAAAGAUUAUAAAUAUGGACAGUCAAAGUGAUUCUAAUGCUAGAAACACUUUCUCCAUGUAUUCUUCUGAGGAAUGUGGUUUCUUAGAUGAUUAUGAAAAUGAAAUUAGGAGAGAGCUAAGGUGGCUUAGGGCAAAGUAUCAAAUACAAUUGAGGGAGCUGAAAGACCAACAACUAGGAGUCAAAUACAAAUCUUUCAGCUCAACCCUGAUUUCUGAUGACAAAGAGCAAGCGAAAGAUGACAACUCUUCUUUAUCUCCAGUUUUACAUAGAAGUGAAAACAGUAAACCUUUCCUGAGAUCAAUAUCCUCUAAAAAGUUAACCGCAUUGCCUUCCUUUGAUGAAGAGAAGAAAUGUAGGAAUUUAGCUAACCAAAGGGUCGAAAGUUGUGAUCCAAUCGACUGGCCUUGUAGUCCAGAUUCCACGGUCACUGCCAAGAAUUACUACUCAGAACCGUUGCUUCCACACUCCCUUCACAGAGCAACUUCUCUUCCAGUUGAUGCUGUCGAUGUUUGAAGCCUCUAAACUUUAAAACUUCACCAGGGUGCCUGUACUGGUAGAAAUGUAACCUUUUUUUGCAGCAUCUAAAGCCCGUCAGUUUCCCCUCCUUGUGGCUUUUUUAGGUGAAUAUCCAUUACCACUAAUUAUAAAAUCAAAGUAAACCAGGUUGCUAAAUCCUGUUCCAUUUACUGGAGUGAGAGAAAUCUUAUGGCUUCUCCUGGUUCUCGAUAAAGAGUCAACUUCAUUGGCAUUUUGCAGCAGCAGCUGUACAACGCCCCAAAUCCUAUUCCUGGACGUGCAAGUUUUCCAACUGUAUCAAUGGUUAAUGUGCCCAUAUGCCUCAACUAUGUAUUAUAGAAGCAGUGUUAUCCACAGUUUUUGCCGUAUUCCAGCAA